UGUAGCAUUAUUGUUUGUAAAUGAAUAACUCUUUCCACGAAUAAACUGUAAAGUUCUCUAUUUAGUCAUACUGCAAAAUGGCUAGACGGAGGUCGUCAGGAAAAAGCGUGAGUCAAGAUGAAGAUGAUAUACAUAGUAGUUCUGAUAUUGAAAGAAUACCAGUUGGUUUAUCUUCUUCGGAAAUUGAGAAAAUGGAUGAGUUUGGUAAAAUUUUGAUCAAUUCAGCCGUCAAAGAAUUAAGAUGCGAGUUCCAGAAAUUUGCAAUUGAUGCCGUUCAGAUGGCAUUAUGCGGUGAUAACGCUAAUGAUCUGCAAGAACAACUAGAUAAACAAGAAGACGAAUUAGAUAAGCUGCAUAGUAGGUUAAAAAGAUUACAAAAUGAUGUACGUAAACAAAAGGGGAACAAUUCAGAGUUAAAGAAGCAGAUAAAAGAUACAGAAAAAGACAUUGAGGUUAAAGAAAUUCAAAUGAAGCAGCUACGGAGGCGUCUGCAAAAGCUUCAAAAGGAACACAGCGAUGAACAACAAAUACAUGAUGAAAAAGUUAAAGCAAUGCAAGCAGAAAUAGACGAUUUAAAAACUAAAUAUAACAAAGUGAAAGGACAACUUCAGGUGAAAGCGUCAUCUGAAAAUAUAGCACGUGACAAGCUGCCAGAACUAAGAGAGCAGAUCGAAAACUUAGAAGACCAACUGAAAAAAGAACGCAUGAAAAAGAAGUAAACAAUGCAUCCGACACUUUUUUCCUUUUACAUAGACAAAUUGAAAUAGUAAAAUAUGACAAAUGAAAUACUAACCAUAAGACUUUCAGGUAUAUUUUUCUUCUACUAAUUUUGUUUUGCAGCUUAUAUUGUAGUGAAAUUUCGUAUAAGCCAGUAUCAUUGAUUGAGGCUUUGACGAACAAAUCUUUACUACCAUUAUUCUAUGUGUAAUUGUAUGGCAAAAAUAUAGCCAACUCCUAUAUAAAGUGGCUUCAGAACCAUUUGUUGGUAAGCCUUUGCUAUUGAUGUUGCACUGGGCCCUUUGUUUAAAAAACAAAUCACAACAUUGAGUGUAAUGUAUAUGGUAUCAGCAGAAAGUGAAAAUCUUGAAUCAGUAUUAUUGGAAUAAUAAUUCUCUCUUUUUCGGGGACAGUUUACAAAAUGUCAUAUC